GGGAGAAUCUCGCCAACCUGGAAAAUAGAUGCCUGCCGAGAAAAUUCUCACGAUGCCCGCCGAGAGCAAGCCUUACCACCCCUUCGGCUGGUGUUCACAUCCCCAGCCCAAGUAUCCUCCUCAAAACGAGGAUGGAGCCUGUGUUGACCCCUCCCCCUAGUUACUACUACUACCUACGAGGUCAUCGUUCCGUCACAACCACCAACUGGAAUUCUAUCCAUCAGACUCCACCCCGCUGGUCGCCUGGCGAUACCAGAGCCGUGCGAAGGAUCGCGUUACCAACCAGUAGUAGCGGGGAAUAACCCAUGGCUGGCUUAUGCGAUCAUGGAAUAUGAACAGUUCCAGAUAUCCGCUGAAUCGCAAUAUUGCUACAAUAGCCGAAUCGGGUGGUCCAACCCGAGAACAGGGUACCGCGCGUCGGAUGGGAGGUACAUGUACAAGUUUGAUGUUUCGACUACCUCUUCCGAGCUGGCUGUGCGCAUGUUUGCCAGGCGCUCUGAUGCUGAAGCGGGACUCCAGACUGUCUCCUUGGGGUCUGUCAUGGUGAACCCGUUCACGGAAAACCGGCCUCGCGAUAGGCAUGGUUACGAGCCCAUACCUGUGCAGGGUGGCACGGGGAAAGUGCCGAUCGAUAUUUCCUAUCUCGAGAAGAAGGUACCGCCGUUGGGCGACACGGAGGUUUGGUGCGUCUACGGCGAGAUGGGCUCGAGUGAUCUGGUCUAUGUAGAGAAGCUAGACACCGACAGAAGCUACGGCAUGAAGACCAUUCCCAUAGUCGUAGACGUUACCCACGAGUCCAAGCUCACUCAUCGCGUCGAACACCCGUUCAUCGCUCCGCUCAAAUUCGCUUUCAAGUCGUCCAAGGGACUGAGCCUCCUUUCACCGUUGGCUAGCGGAGGGCCGCUUUCUCAUCACCUCCAGCGGGUGCGGCGGUUCGAUGUUGGCCUAGCUAGAUUUUAUGCUGCGGAGCUCCUCUGUGUACUGGAAUAUCUGCACGACAACCAUAUUAUUCUCGCACAUCUGAAUAUGGAGGAUAUCUUCUUGGAUUCACCUGGACACCUCAGCCUAUGCAAUCCUAGUCUUUUCAGUCUGGAGGUCAAGGACGGUGAUACAGUUGUGCCAGGAACAUCAGGCGUACCCAGCCCCCUGAGCUUGUCAGGCAACAACCAAGUUGACCGGAUUUACCCUCCCAUUUCUACGGUCGGGAUGGCCAAUAAGCGACGACUCAAGAUAAGUAGAGACCCGAAUGGGACCUCUGAAAUAAAAGACCACCCGUUCUUCAAAGGCACCAAUUGGCACGAUCUCCUCCAGCGGAAAUAUACAACUCCUUUCAAGCCCCAUGACGCGGCAACAGACUUCUGGCCUGGGGCGAAGGAGUACGACUCAGACAGGGGGCGAAAAGUGGAAGAAAAGAUAGAAAAUGGAAAAGUGUACCAGAGAGUAGUGGGCGCGAGUUGGCCACGAUGCGAAUGGAAUCAAACCGGCUGGGUGAGGGACGGAAGUACAGAGGACAACCCGGACAGGCCUUCAUCUCCCACUAGGGAGGACUACGACGAUGGAUGGGAGUUGUUGUGGGAUCCGACGUCGUAUCGAUUCAACUUUCGAAAUCGCUUCACUGAUGAAACGUCCCCGGGCCGUCUCUCAGACAAAUACUCCCGAACGUACCUGUGGGGUAUACCACAGGGGCCUCCAGCUGUCCCACCCGCGGCAUCCAAUCCAACGUGCAGGCCACCUCCCUUGAGUGAGAGAAAGGCGGCUCUUGCGGCUGCAUUGGUAGCCGGAUACGGGGUGCGUGUGUUCUCACAGAUCCUCAGACAUGGGAAUGACUUGAGCUUGGACUUCCCGAUUCUUUGCUACAACCAACCCUACAGACCCAAAGAAGGCAUUCUCAACUCGGUUGAAUAUUUCCAUGAAAUCCAGCUGACACCACUGGAGUGGGCGGUAGAGCACGACAGGCUCGAUCUUGUCAAUCUGUCCCUGGCUCACGGCGCCGAUGCGAACUAUACCAUCGAAUCGGCAGAGGGGCCUGCCCUAGUGAAAGCAGUGCGACGAGGCAGCCUGAAACUAGUUGAAGCGCUUGUGCAGAAAACCAACCGCGUCUCUGGAACAAGGGCACUUCUUUUAGCAGUGAAGCAGCAGCACAGCGCCAUCGUCAACACGCUGCUUGCCAACGGUGUUCAGUGCGACUUUGAGGAGUCUGACCGGCCGCUUCCCGACCGUCGAUUUUUUUCCGAUCGCGACACCACUCCUGAUCAGCCAACCCCUCUACAAGCAGAACGUUUCGCACCUCCGCUCCUCCUAGCAGUUACAUCCGGCAAUGCAGAUCUGGUGAAGGCACUGCUUGCGCACGGAGCUAAUCCCCAUGCUCCCUACCAUGGCGUCCGUGGGCUCCGUCGCGAUCAUGACGGCUCCGGUCUCAAGGUAGCGGCUAGCUUUACCUGCGGAAGGGUCAUACAGUUGGCCAUGGAGUAUUGGCAGAAUUCCGAGAUCGUCCAAUUACUCCUCGAUGCAGGCGCGGACAUCAGUCUUCACCAUCCAGUCUGGCCCGUGCCUGUCUGGCCUGUUGGGGGUCAUGUAUGUGAGCCGGUACCCAGAGCUGUAUAUCUCGAGGUUACUGCUGGCCUGGAGGCAGCGAUGGCAGAAAGAAAGAGGCAAGGGGAGUGCUGAGAAGCGGUAUGUAAUCUCUUGAGAUGUUUUCUUCUCGAUCCUUCCACCAAUCCUUUCAGAUGAAGGAGAUUCUGACGUUGAUACUCAAGGGUACAAACAAGUUUUUUAUGUC